AGAAGAAGAGAAUUUGACCGACUCCAUAGGGGUAGGCGUGCGACCAGGCACCCACACCAGUCACCACCACACUCCGUAUUUAGUGAAGUACCUCAAAAUCAGAUUUAUUUCCUUUGAACAAGAUAUAACUGACCAAGACAACCUCAAACGAAGCUCCUCACCCUCUUCCCCCCUAUUCCAUUUCUCAUUCUGAAACCGUUAAUCCAUCAUAGAGAGCAUAACAAAAGAUGGGUAGAAACGCAAACGAAAAAGCGAAGCAGCGAAGAGAACAGAGGCGCCAAGAGAUAUCCCUUCUUAGAACCAUUCCCUAUUCUGAUCACCAGAGGUGGUGGUCUGCAGAAACCAUAGCUGUGGUAACUGGGGGUAAUAGGGGAAUUGGGUUUGAACUUUCGAGACAGCUUGCUGCACAUGGAUUGACAGUGAUACUGACAUCUAGAGAUAGUAACGUUGGCGCUGAAGCAGCUAAGGUCUUACAAGAAGGUGGUCUGAAUGUGGCUUUCCAUCAACUUGAUGUUUUAGACCCUUUAUCUAUCAAAAAAUUUGCUGACUGGCUCCACCAAAACUAUGGUGGUCUGGAUAUUCUGGUAAAUAAUGCUGGUAUUAAUUUCAAUAUUGGGGCUGACAAUUCUCUUGAACACGCACGCGAGGUUGUAGCAACCAAUUAUUUUGGCACCAAAAGUAUGAUUGAAGCUAUGAUUCCCCUGAUGAAAGCAUCUACUGUGGGUGCACGUAUUGUCAAUGUGAGCUCAAGAUUAGGUAGACUAAAUGGCAGACGAAAUAGAAUUGGAGAUUUGACUUUGAGACAACAACUAAAAGAUGUGAAUUCACUGUCAGAUGAAUUGAUUGACAAUGCUGUAUCUACUUUUGUACAACAAGUAGAAGAAGGCACCUGGGAAUCUGGCGGAUGGCCACAAAUGUUUACUGACUACUCGGUAUCAAAACUUGCAGUUAAUGCAUACACCAGGCUAAUGGUGAAGAUACUAUCUGAUAGGCCAGACGGCCAGAAAAUUUACAUCAACUGCUACUGCCCGGGUUGGGUAAAAACUGCUAUGACUGGUUAUGCUGGGAACAUUCCAACUGAGGAAGGCGCUGAUACUGGAGUAUGGCUUGCCUUACUUCCAGACCAAGCAAUAACAGGAAAGUUUUUUGCAGAAAGACGCGAAAUAAGCUUUUAACUUGUAGUCAAGCUGAAGACUAACCAGUUCUAUUGAUUCUGAUAAUUAGAAGGGUUCGAAGAACAACCUCGAAAAACCUGAAACUUACACUGUUGAAGGCACGUUUCGGGCUGCAGUCAGCUUUGCUUGAAUCGCAUAGUGGAUUUAGCUGAUGAUUGAGAGUUGGCAACUAGUACUGUUUAAAUGGAGAAGGAAAUGAUUGAUAAGGCGGUUUUUUCUGAUCUCUAGAACAGAGCCAGGAACUAUAAUGUCGCGCGGAUCAAUUUCUUUGCUCCUACAUGUCAAUGCAAAUUAUCUAUAUAUUGUUUUGGUGUCUUGAAGAGUUUAGUAAUAAAAUGUUGGAUAACUUCACUUUGAAGUUGCUGAGGAAAACAAUGGUGGCUCACAUAUUAUUGGCUUAAAUAUUAGUGGGCGUUUAUUUAUGAUUCAUAUAUUAAAGAAUUACAAAAUUCAGUUGUAAUGUACCAAAGUUACUGUAAUUUGGACAAGGGAAUUAAACCUCACCCCUCAGUUAUGAUAUUUUUGGCACAUUACCUUAUAAUAUUUCUCCCUUUGCUUCUUUAGAA